GUUGACACCUCCAUCUACUCUCCAAGCUUCAGGUAACAUUUACGGAAUGGGUGAUCUCCCUAGCUACCAAAUGGAAAGUUCGAAUCCCUCGGAUGCACUCGAGGUCGAGCGGCUGGACGUGAACUUGUAUCGUUCGAAGCACUUAUGGGUCCCUCGUCGCGCCAGAGGUGUGUUCGGCGGGCAGGUCAUCUCCCAAGCUCUGGUCGCUGCCGGGAACUGUGUCGCUCCGGAAUACGCACUUCAUUCUUUUCAUUGCUACUUCCUCCUGAGUGCGGCUCCCACUCCCAUCCUUUACCAUGUAGACCGAGUCCGGGAGGGCCGCUCUUAUGCCACCCGUGCAGUUAGGGCACAGCAAAAUGGGAAGACCAUCUUCAUCAUGCUCUGCUCUUUCCAGCGGCCGGAGCCAUGGCAAGUCGUCGCGCAGCAGCCCCCUCCGCCGGACGUGCCCAGUCCUGACCAGUGCGAGUUCGUGUACGAGCACAAUGAACGUCUUCUAAAGGCCCCGGAUUUGCGUCCUGGAGUGAGGAAUUAUCUUCAGUCAUACGUCGAUGAACGCCGUCAAAGCUUCUUGAGUAUCAAGAGAGCUGGUGUUCGUUCCUCAGACGAUGGUCCUACGUACUGGCUGUACUGGUUCAAGGUCAAUGGAAUGCCGCAAUGCGGUAAAGCCUUCCAGAAGUGCAUUCUGAGCUACAUCUCGGAUUCCCACUUCAUCGGAGCUGCGCGAAGCACCGCGGGUUUGGAUUCGCUUAAAUCCGGUCGUCAGAAGCUAGGGAUGAUGUCAUCGCUGGACCAUUCUAUAUUUUUCUACAAUGACGAUUUCGACUGUGGUAACUGGCUGCUCUACGUCAUUCAUUCCCCUAGUGUAUGCUCAGGCCGAGGUGUUGCCCAUGGACGGAUGUACACUCGGGAGGGGAAGCUGGUUGCUGUAAUGACGCAGGAGGGAGUAGUUCGAGCUGAUAUCCGAGACCCUUCUAAGCCUUCGAAGCCGAAGCUUUAAGCUGCUGAAUACUUACAUACUAUCCAAUAUAGAUACUGUCUUAAUUCGGGCCGCUUUGAAAACCUCAUGACGUUUGUUGGACGGCGCGAUGGCAACACUCUUGGGGGCGCUGCAGGCGGACAAAGACU